GAUCUCGUCCAAGAAAUUGACGCAGGGCCCGGUGGCGCGCGAGCGCUUGAACAGAUCGCGUAUGUACACACGCCGCGCCCAGGUCCACAAUGCCGUGCGUGAACUCCGUGCCCGACAUCUGCGUGUGCGUGUGUGUCGGUGUUGGUGGGCGACGGGCAGGCGGGCCCGAGGCGAGAGUGGAUAGGGUGGACAUGAUACCUCCAUCCUUCCAUACGUGGCUCAUUACUCCUGUCGCCGAUGCCAUCCUCGCCGCCUGCCCACCCGCCGGCCGCCCCGACCUCUCCCAGAAGCUCUUCCUCCCCUCCGGACUACGCCAACUCCUCCCCACCGCCGCCCUCUACCGCGAGGUCCUGGACAACCCCCGCGUGGCCGACGCCCUCACCCACAGCUCCCGCCGGCCGCCUGUCCACUGGGAGCCCGACCAGCCUGUGCACCGCCACUUCUGCAAUUAUGGGGCCUUCGCACGCUCCCUCACCCACGCCGAGUACGCCCGCCUCGCCCACCCCGACACCGCCUGCGAAUGCCAUCGCUACCCCGGCCUCUGCCCGCCUGGCGUCGGCCACGUCAUGUCUACCAGCCCAUUCUCCGCCCUCCCCGAUGGUGCUCGGCCCUUCUGGACAUAUGGCGCUCGGUACCGCCCUCAUCUCCCUGUCCGCGACGUUGACGCCGUCAUCCGCAAAGCCUACGCCGGUGCCCUUCGCUACACGCAGGAACUCGCCAAACGUCAAGGCGUCGCCGCUGGCGAGACUGCCGCCUGGGCCGGCGAAUUCGAAGCCGCCCUACGGCGCGCUGUCCACGCCCACCGCGGCUUCCAGUUCCCAUGGCCUGUCCUCUCGGACACCGACCUCGCCGGCAUCCGCGACCUCGAUCCCCACUUCAUCAUCACCGUCACCGACAAGAGCAGCUCCACCCUCCAAUUGGUCUGCAAGAAAUACUACGCCACCUGCUGCAUGCGCGACCUCGGCUGCCACGACCUGUUCGCCACGCCCCCUGCCACCCACGCCGCCGCCGCUCCACCCCUCCCCCCACCGCCACCACCCCCGGCCGCCCCCAACGCUGCCACCGCCCCGCCUCCCCCACCCCCUGCCUGCGCCCGCUACCACACUCGCGCACGGGCCGCUGCUGCCGUCGCCGCCGCUGCUGGUGGCAACGCCGCUGACGCCACCGACGCCGCCGCCGCCCACACUGCGCCACCUGCCAUUCCCGCCAUUUAUGGCGGGCCUGGCCCGGGGCCCAGCGGCCUCCACCACGCCGCCCAGCCCCCUCCGGCCGCUGCCCCCGGCCCCGACCCUCCCGCCCCGCGAUACCGGACCCGCGCCCAAGCCGCUACCAUCGACGCCGACGCCGCCGCCGCCGCCGCUGCUGAUGCCAUCACUGCCGCUGCCGCCGUCUUCGAUGCCAUGGGCACCGCCGACGACGACGCCCAUGGCACCGCCGCCGCCGCCGCUCCACCUCUGCCGGCCGCACCUGCAGCCCUGUACUAUGAGCCCACCACCGCCGCCGGCCGCGACGCCCACUACGCCACCACCAACGCUACCCUGGUCCCGUGGCACCUCUCGCUCGACGCCACCCAGCCUCCCGCAUACUAUGCAGGCACCCUCAAGAUGCACAAGCAGCCGCCGUCCAUGCGCUACCUGGCCUGCUCCCAACAGUGCCCCGUCACCGCCCUCAGCGACGUGGUCACCGCAGUCCUGCGCGCCGCCUCCCCCUGCUUCACCGCGCACUGGCAGCGCCACCUCCCCGGCACCGCCCCGUGGCUCUGCUUCUCAUCCGGCGCCGUCAUGUCCCUCGUCGCCCAGUUCAACGCCGCCCACUUUCAGCCCCACGCCGCGCACCCACACGUUGCCCGGGACUUCAGUCGGCUCUACACCAACCUCCCCCACUCCGACCUCCGCACCACCCUCCACCGCCUCCUCACCGCCAGCCUCGCCGACACGCCAGCCAUCCGUGUCACCACCCGCCCGCCCAACCCUCUUCGCCCUCGCGACAAGCCCCGCCACGCGGUCACGUUCCUCACUGCCGUCGAGCGCCCCUAUCACGCCGCUGCCAACGGCUCCGUCACACGCGAGUUCAGCGUCCACGCCUUCUGCACCAUCAUCCUCGAUGCCCUUCUCUCCUCCACCUUCAUCCGCUUUGGGCCUGCCCUCGUCCGGCAGAUCUGCGGCAUCCCUAUGGGCAUCUCCGCUGCGCCAUUCAUUGCCAACCUCUUCCUCGGCUGGUAUGAGUUCGAGUUCAUGCGGCAGAGCUCCAACCCCAGCCUGUCCCCCGCCGCCCGCGCCAUCCUGCGUCGAUUCCGCUUCACCAAGCGAUACCUCGACGACCUGCUGUGCCUCAACAACCCCUGGCUACCACACCUGCUCUACAACGACCGGACCUACGAGGGCCUCGCCGGCCUGUACCCACCCACGCUGGCCGUCCCCGCCCAGACUCAUGAACACCUGCCCUCCCACUGCAUCCCCUUCCUCGACGUCCUCCUGUGCUCCACGGUGCACAACCACCGAUGCUGGAUCGUCACACAUCUCUACGAUAAGCGCGAGCAGCCGGCGUUUCAGCAUGUGCGCCUCUCCCGCUUCGUUGCACGCCACUCUUCUGUCAACGAGCAAUGCAAGCGCAACAUCUUCACGGGGCAGUCCCACCGCCUACGGCGGGUCAUCACCUGCGGCGAAAGCUUCUCAUACGAGACCGCCAUGCUCAUCCGCAGCCUCGAAGCGCAGCAGUAUGCGCGCGCCUCCAUGCUCGGCAGUCUUGGCGUCCUCCUACGACAGCACCCUCACGUGUUCUACUUCCAGCGGCGCGGCGUUCCCCAGCCGCCACACCCGCCGGACGUCGUCGCCGUGCCUCGCCUCGACCUGCUCGCCCGUGUCCGCCACUACCUACGCGGACACGCGGGCCCCCCGCCCCCGCCCCCCGUGUGACGCGCCCGCCCCCGCCCCUCUCCCCCGACCCCAUGCAUCCGCACACUCGCAUUCGUCUCCGGUUGGGAUGUGCGUAUUUGUCCCUCGUUGGUGUGUCCGUGUUCCCCGCUGAUUUGGAGUCGGGGCUGUCGUGUUUGUUCUGCGUGGUCUGUUCCGCGUGUGCUGCGGUGUUCUCCCUGCGUGUUUGCGUUGGUGCGUGUUUGCGUGCUGUUUGUUUAUGUCUGUGUGUACGUGCGUAUGUGUUUCCGUGUGUGCGUGUGUGUGUUUGUGCGUGUGCGUGUGUGUGUCUGUGUGUGUCUGUGUGUGUGUGUGUGCGUGUGUGUGUGUGUGUGCGGCUGUUAGUCUGCUGUCCAUGGCUGCGUGCACGCUGUAUGUGCAUGUGUGUGUCUUUGUGCGUGUGUGCGUGUAUGUAUGUGUGCGCGUGCGUGUGCGUGCGUUUGCGUGCUCGUGGGUCCGUGCGUGUGCGUGUGUGUUGGUCCCAUCGGCGCACGGCCUGUGCUGAUGACGGGGUUCCGCCA